AUGAGGCAUUUCACAGCAUUGCGUUCGCUCAGGCUGUCUCAUAUUGCCCGUACCGAGCGCUCAUUGGGUCUUCGGCCUGUUCACACGCCCAGCAGCACGCGCAUACCGAACUUCGCCUUCGCGUUCGACAUCGACGGUGUUCUUCUCCGAGCCUCGAAACCAAUUCCUGGCGCAGCCGAGUCAUUAAGCCUGCUGAAAGACCAAGGCAUUCCGUUCAUUCUCCUGACAAAUGGCGGCGGAAAGCAUGAAACAGAGCGUGUUGCGGAAAUCAGCGAAAAGCUCAAUGUGACACUCGACCCGACUCAUAUAGUCCAGAGCCAUUCUCCAUUUGCGGAGCUUGUCAAAGGCGUGGACGAGACCAGUGCGUUGGAACAUAAACGCAUCUUAGUUGCAGGCGGCGAUGGCGACAGCUGUAGGCUUGUUGCCGAAAGGCAAGUCAUAUCCCGAAGCCUUCGCUCCCUCUCACUUCAGUACGGCUUCAAGAACGUUGUGACCCCGGGCGAUAUCUUCAUGGCCAAUCCUUCCAUUUGGCCGUUCUCGAAGAACUAUUCGGACUAUUACAAGUCGUUCGCACGACCCCUUCCUCCAGUGUCUGGGUCCCAAGACCCUACAAUGGGUCUCAAAAUUGACGCAAUCUUUGUGUUCAAUGAUCCUCGAGAUUGGGCUUUAGACACACAAGUGAUCAUGGAUCUCCUGCUCUCCUCGAACGGUGUAAUGGGGGGGUUCCGAGAAGCGCUAGAGGGCGUCUGGGCUGCCACAACUGGCGGUCCCGGUAAGGGGAUUGAAUUGAAGAAGACUGUGAUUGGAAAACCCUAUCAGCCGACCUACGAAUUUGCAGAAAGACAGCUGCUGCGCAAUCGUGCGCGGACAUUCAUGCAUGCAACAGACCUUCCUCCUCUGCAGCGCGUGUACAUGGUCGGCGAUAAUCCCGAGUCAGACAUUCGUGGUGCCAAUUCAUACAGAAGUGAGGUGGGUAGCAGCUGGCAGUCUAUUCUUGUGCGCACAGGCGUUUACAAUGGCGGCGAGCCAGCAUGGACGCCUCGCACCAUCGCGGACGAUGUUCAAAGAGCCGUCGAAUGGGCAUUGAAGUCUUCCAAGUGGACAUAA